AAAGCAUUUUUUUGCGGAGCAGCCAUGGCUGCCAUGUACAGAGGCUAGGACGCCUUGUUGCAGCACGCUCCACAAAGGGAAAAGAAGUAUACGCUGCAAUAGAUAAUACAAACUCCUUAACGGCUUUGUCACAUACUGAGAAUACAAAAUCAAAAAGUAACAUGGCUACCUGCCGCAUAGAGGUACUUGUUAUUGUGGUAACAUCAAUAAUCGCGAAUAGUUCAUUUGGGAAUGCAAAAGUAUCUUGCAAGAAUGCGAAAAACAAGGACGUCGACUGGUUCGUUGUGUACAAGAUACCGAAAACAAAACCUGAUCCUCGCAGUUUUAAGCGACCCAUGGGGGGUGAAAUGGCAUAUUAUGAUAGCCAAUCCACAAGCUUAUUGUGGACACUUCUGCCUGAUGAUGUAAACAAUAAAACAAGUAAUCCUAUCAGCAACACACUCGCACCGAUUUAUGACAGCCACUCAAAUGUAGCCUACCUCGCUUACAACGACCAGCUUCCAGCAAAGUUCAAUGGAACAAGAGGCGGCCACACUAAGGGUGUUCUACUGGCAGGAGACAAAUUGAAAUUGGGCAGCGUGUGGCUACAGCACAGCGUGCCAAGAUUCGUAGGCGACGUCAAAAAGGGUUAUCACUAUCCGAAAACCGGUAGGGAAAACGGACAGCUAUUCUUCUGCAUCACGUUCCCCCAGGCAGCAGUAGAAGUAAUUGCAUAUCACCUUCAGCUACAGGGUGCCAAUGUUUACCAGGAACGCUACCUACGUUGGACAGAAAAGUUGCCGAAGUUUUCUGCUUUGCUGAAGAAGCAAUAUAUAAGGGGUCUCAGUGGAGUGAGAGUUGACGUUCUGUAUACUCGGAGGAAUAGAGCAGUUUUAGCUAUUGCGAAGUCACCUAGAUGGAUGAACGAUGUUUAUACACAAGAGCUCAGUGGUCACAUAAAAGACAGUAUCACUGUUCAGACCUGGCAAAACGGUGCCGGUGGUGCGCAAGACAUGAACUGUAAAAACCAAUAUAAGAUAACUAAUGUGGUGUACGUCAGCGUGAAGACGCAGAAGGGAUCUUUGUAUUUCUCCAGCAGGGAGGACCACAGCAAGUGGUCUGUUGCGCGACAUAAGGCAGUCUUCUGUUUCUCCUCCCUGAACCGUAUGGUUUCCCAGUGGAAGCGGGGAGGCGAGAUUACGUGUAUUUUCGACAUACCGCUAUCAAAUCUCUUCCGACAGAGCAUCUUCAAGCGAAAUUUGUGCAAAGGAGAGAAAGCAGAGUAGAGGCGUAUUCAUGUUUUCGAAAAUUCAGAUAAUGCAACAGACCAACAUGCAAAAACUUCCAGAUACCACGUUUGAGAUGAAUUAGCAUUGAAACAUUUCAGAGUGUACAGAUAAUUAUGGUAGAAAGCCCUGCCAACACGUCAUGAUGAAUGCACGUCGAAUAAAAGAUGUUCUUUGAUAUUACCGGA